AUGGCCCUGAACUCGGGGCAGCCGGUGGUCCGCUACAAUGUGAAUGGGUGCGAGUUUGAGGUGGAUGUGGCAAAUAUGGUGCAGACCAACCUGGAAACCGGUGAGCGCUGGAUGAUUGCAGUCGAGGAGACACAGACAGAGCAGAAGGGUGCUACCGACCAGGCUUCCACGGCCGCUCCUGACAAGACAGAGACUGCGGCCACAGAGGCCACGGAAGUUCCUCCCGAAGAGACUGCCUUUGCUGCUGGUGCCUCGGAGCCGCGGCAAGUGCCCACAGCCACUGGUAGGCCGAAAGCCUUCAUCUACAAGGCGAUACCUGAUCCAAGCAGGCCUCCGCCGAAGCAGAAGAAAUGGAGUCUAGCACCUGGAGGUCAAGGCUCGGCAGCCGCGCCGUCGCGACCGGCUCGACGCACGAGGCCAUCGGCCUCGCUUAGCGCCCAAGGGUGCAAAGGCAUCAGCGAAGCCCAAGUCUGGGCCAAACGGGAACAUCGGAGAGGAGCUCUCCUUACCCAAGAACGUGGAAUGGCCCAAGGGCGACAAAGCACGCCGGGUGGCAGAGACCGUCUACAAGGACAUGCAGAAGUCAAGAGAGAAGCCGCUGGCGCAUCGCCGGCGAGCUUAUAUGGCUGCUUGCCUCAGCUGGCAUCCGGACAAGAACUUGAAGCACCAGGAGGUGGCGACGCAAGUGUUCCAGUUCCUUCAAGCUGUGAAAGAUUGGUACUUUGA